AUGAGGGUAGCCCUCACGAUUGUGUCCUCCGACCCAAUCGACGCCCCUCAAAGAGGGUCCAAAAUUUUUACGGAAACCGUCUGUCCCCUUUGCAAUCAUCGCGUCGAAGGUCAUCUUGCCAUCGCGCUCCUCGGAAACCAUGACCUGACCUCUCUCCGCGCCUACACCAGCCCCUUCACCCUUGAACCCCCGAGAUCAUUAGACCCCAGUACCCUAGACUCCAAUCCCCCAAACUUCAAUCUCCCAAAGUACUCCUUCCCGUCCCUUGAGGGACAGGAAGACCGUCCGCUAACAUACAUUCACUUCCGAGGGGAUCUCUCUAACCCAACAGACUCCCGACCUGAAGCCAUCCUUCUCCACGAGCUCUGCUUUGCCCUCUUCCAGGUAAAGCUCGAGCAGCUCCAGCCGGCAGGCUUGGCUCCCACUUUCGACCAGGCGCUACACCGUUUGUGGACCCACGCAGCAUGGAAGACGCCCUGGAGCUACGCGCCGCCUCUGGAUUUUUUGCCCUCGCCUGUCGACCGCGCAGAUAAACCAGCGCCGAGGGGUCUCGUUGCGCAGUUUGCGUGGACCUUGGCGGAACGGCUGCCACAGGAGGUGCUGGAUAUGGUGAAGGGCUAUUCGGAGGGGGCAUGGAUCUGGCGGGUGCCGAGGAUCUUGGAGGUCGUAGAGGGGAUUCUGGCUGAGAGGGACGAGCCCAUGGUCACGCUAUCUUUGAGACGUGUGAGCUUCUGGGAGAGGGGAGGGCGGCUGGAGAAGGUUGAGAAGAGGGAGAGUAAGCUCAUAGAGGACGAGUUCGUGAGACUGACUGUUGACGCGAAUGGGCUGAAACGCGUUGAGCGAUUCCCUCACCGGCCGUCAUGGAUAGAUGAAUCGCCGCAGGAUGAAGCUUUUGCGCUGGUGAGGGAGCAGGACUUGCUCGGAGAGGUGUUUGCCGAACUCAAGAUCAUCGACCGCAUCCCCCUUCACGACAUCCGCGGCCUAACUUUCUUUAUCGACCAGCCGGUCGCCAACAUCGUGGGUGUCCACAUCCAUCGCGACACCGACAGCACCGCUGGCGAGACUCUUCACCAAUUCCCCCCAUGGCAACAAGAUCGUCUCGUCUGGGUUCAUAUCCCUGUUUCCCCCAAUGACCGCAUUAUCGGCCUGGGUGACCAACAGUCCACGGUCUUGGACCGUCAAAUAGAAUAUCCAAAUAAUCUUGGCCCGCGCAAACUCCUCUUUCGGCUUCAACUAGCCGGCGAUGUUACCAUCGGGGCUCUUCUCGGUGAGCGUCAUCAACCUCCGAACAGACGUAACACCUGCUCUGUGGCCGCGGGGGCGCCGAUAACCAUGCUGUUCGGCAAGCCAAUACCGGGGUACGAUCUCCUUUUUUUUGGCGCCAUCCACCAAGAUGUGGUGGACCAAUGGGAUGGGUAUAACUUUGGAGGGGAUUGGCCGGGUUCACGUUGGUUUAACCAAGUGCUGUGGGAUGAUGAUUACGACCUCCACGACGAGGGACAAAAUCCCGUCGGCGACUGUCUGUCCUGGGCUUGGCUGAGUGAUGUGGCCGCGGCAUGGGUAUACCUCUCUCCUCAAGACAAGCGGAUCUGCCGCGGGAUCCUGAUCGAGUAUGGCAACGGAGCACAGCGUGCGCUGGGCCAAUGCCGCGUGAACCAUGAUCCGUGUGAGCGGUACGACGCCCCGAGGGUUAUGUUUUACCGGCCUUGGACCAACGACCGGGGUGUUCCCAUGUGUGAAGUGUUCUUCGCGCAGACGACCGACUUUUCUGAGCUGCCCCCUGAAAUACACGACAGGAUACAGACGGGCCAGCAGGAUGAAUGGAAGAAGACAGACGUGGCUCCCCAUAGGGUUCCUGGGAAAGACUUGGUCGCCAUGCUGGUCAAUGGCGAGGGGAAGGAACCCGAGAUGGAAUAG